CAUUUGAAGUUAGGAAUUCUUGGAUUCACAAAAUAUAUAGUUAUACAACUACCUGGAUUCCCUAUGGGGUUCCUUUAAGAAUGGGCAGAAGGGAGGGAAGGAACCUAAUGACUUUGCUAUGAAAUUACUCUGUUCUUUUUUACAGGCAGAGACAUAACGUGUUGUCUAGGAUGGCAAAGGCAAUCGACAUGUCCAUAGAGGAAAUAUACAAUUUGACUUUUGGUGAUGAUGAUUUCCUUUAUUCUGGAUACGGUACAGGCUUGCCACCUUUGUCUGAGGAUGCAGCCCCCUGCCACUCAGAGUCCUCAGGCCUCAACAAGUACUUUGUCAUCAUAAUAUACAGUCUUGUGUUCUUGCUGAGUUUGCUGGGAAAUUCCCUGGUGAUACUUGUAAUCCUCUAUAAUCGGAUCAGUCGUUCAGUCACAGAUAUCUACCUGCUCAACUUGGCCAUAGCUGACCUGCUCUUUGCCUUAUCACUGCCCAUUUGGGCUGCCUCCAAGAUCAAAGGCUGGCUCUAUGGCACACCUCUUUGCAAAAUUGUCUCCCUCCUGAAGGAGGUCAACUUCUAUAGUGGCAUUCUGCUGUUGGCCUGCAUCAGUGUAGACCGCUACCUCGCCAUCGUCCAUGCGACUCGUACUUUAACUCAGAAGCGCCACUGGGUGAAGUUCGUCUGCUUGGGCAUCUGGGGCCUGUCCCUGCUCCUGUCCAUGCCCAUUAUUCUCUCCCGUGAGGCAUUCAAGUCAGAUGAUUAUGGCUUUGUCUGCUAUGAGGACUUGGGCAAGAAUACAACAACAUGGCGACUGGUACUGAGGAUCCUGCCUCAGGUCUUUGGCUUUGUCCUGCCCCUACUGGUCAUGCUCUUCUGCUAUGGCUUCACCCUGCGCACCCUCUUUGAGGCACAUAUGGGGCAGAAGCAUCGGGCCAUGAAGGUUAUCUUUGCUGUAGUGCUCAUCUUCUUGCUCUGCUGGCUGCCUUACAAUCUGGUACUGGUCGCUGAUACCCUCAUGAGGACACAUAUAAUUGAGGAAACCUGUGGGCGAAGGGAGGAGAUUGACCAGGCCAUCAGUGUCACUGAGGUGCUGGGCUUCCUCCAUAGCUGCCUUAAUCCUAUUAUCUAUGCCUUCAUUGGACAGAAGUUUCGAUACAGCUUCCUCAAAAUCCUGGCUGCCCAUGGUGUGGUCAGCAAAGAGUUCUUAGCCCGGCACAGCAAGCCCUCAGUCCAUGGUUCUUCCUCUGGAAAUACCUCUACCACCCUUUGAGGAUGCCUGUGGUUCACUCUUCUGGGUCCCUCCCUGUCCUUCUUUGCCCCUCUCCCAACUGUCUCCAAAAUUUCUCUCUUGAUGAAUUAGCUUCUCCUUUCUCAGAGGUGCCUCCACCAUGUUAGUAUGGAAGGAACACGAGAGUCCUAUUAAGGGAUACCGCCUCAACUGGAUAACACAAGGAUUAUGCCGACUCCUACAAUCACUUUGAACCAUUGGGUUACAGUUUUCCUAUCAAUAACUACUAUUAUUCAACUCCCUCAGUUCAUAGCGUGAUUUCCUGAGACUUUAAAACUUAGAUCCUUUUAAGGGUGACAGUUAGAGGAUUUCAGAGCAAAGAAGGUAGAGCAUAAUAGGAAGAAACUGUCAGAUUUCAUGCAACCUCCUUGUCUGUCACCAAAGGUAGCUUAGUGGCUCAAUAGAGUGCUAGGCCUGGAUUCAGCAAGAUCUGUGUUCAAAUUUGACCUCAGACACUCACUGUAUGACCCUGGGCAAGUCACUUAACUUCUUACUCUCCUGGAGAAGGAAAUGGCAAAAUACUCCAAUAACUCUACCAUGAAACUCUACCAUGACCCCAUGUGGGGUCAUGAGGAGUCAGGCAUGAUUGAAUGACUGAAUCAUAACAAUAACCUUGUCUAUCAGGGACCUAGGACUGAGAGUUAAGACUUGAAAAUGGACUUCAAGUCAGCCACUUACAAAGUGGCUCUUGGACUUAUCCUGCUGAAAAGAAAUCUCAUCAGGAAAUGUCUUUUACUUGUCCAUCAUCUUUUCUUCUGGAACCCAUAUAUUUUUGUUAUAACAGGAUUCAAAGACAGAGAGGGAGGUUUAGACACUGUGGAAGAUCUAAAGGGUGUGCAGGUAAAGUUCUAUGCUCUCUUGGACUUGGCCAACAGUUCCUUCUUUUUCCUGCUGGUAUGAAGCUCACACCUACAAACAUAGACACAAACUGUUAGAAUUCAAGAAAAUGAUCUAAUACGUGAAGAAUAAUAUCCCCAUCUCCCCCCAAAAAGGCAUGGGAAGACUUUAUAUGAAGUGCUACAAAGUGAGUUAACUGAACCAAGAAAAUAACAUACACAGCGAUUACAAUAAUGUCAAUGGAAAAAACCACUACAAGAAAAUGGAAACUAUAUGAAAUUAUGAUGACUAAAUUUGGCCCAAAGAAGAGACUGAGAACAUUCCUCUCUCCCUUCUUUGAAGAGGCAGGGACAUGGGUGCAGAAUGCUGUAUCAAAUGUCACACUUGUUUCACGGGUUUAUUAGUUUUGCUGAACUCAUUUUCCCCUCUUUUUUAUUCUUUGCUAUAAAAAAUGGCUGUAGGAGGAACCAGGGAGGCAGGAUAUAUUAGCAAAUGAAGAUGUUAAUAGAACACACACACACACACGCACACACAUAUAUAUAUACAUAUUUUUAAAAGAGAGACAUCUAGUAAGGAAACAGAAAAGGAAUAUGUGCAAUUCACUCAAGAGAAAUGUGCUGAAUGAUGAAUGAUGAUUGGGUUCAAGCCUCUAAUGAGUUGUAGUCAAUGAAAAUAAAACCAACUGCUGGACAUCUCCAUUUUGGAAUGAACAAGAGAGAAUGGGAAGUAAAAUGGAAUGUGGCUAGAUUUUUAAGAAAGCAAGUUUUGGGAGUAAGGCAGUAAGAAGAAUUUUCUAUUUUAUUCACUAUAGUUAUGACAUGUCUAGUCGCAUAAUCUUCAGCCUGUCUUUUUUAAAGAGGAUGUGAAUUUUUAUGUGGGUACAUGUUCCUCAGCAAUUUUGCGAAACUAAAGAAACUUCAGGCAUAUGUAUUAUUUCAGACUGAUGAUGGUUCUGAAGUCUUCAUCAGAGAAACUAACCAUUCUUUACAUCUAUUUAAACACUCCUAGAGGGUAUGAUGGUCAUCAAUUUUUAGAGCUUUAAGGGAACUCAAAAAUUAUUUAGUCCAUUCAUUUAUUUCUUUAUAAUUAUACUUUAUUUUAGCAUUAAUAUUUUGAAGUUCUAAGUUUAAAUCCUCUCCAGUCUUCAGACCACUCCCCCUCUCAUAGAGAAAGCAAGCUAUAUGAUAACAAUUAUACCUAUGAAGUCAUGAAAAACAUAUUUCCAUAUUACCCAUGUUGUGCACAAACACCCAUGAAGAAUAAAGUUUCAAAAGUCUGCGAGUUCAUUGGUUCUCUCUUUUGAUAUAGAUAGCAUUUUUCAUCAUGAGUCCUUUGGAAUUGUCUUGGAUCAUUGUAUUGACUAGAAUAGCUAAGUCUUUCACAGUUGAUCAUUAUUAAAUUAUUGUCAU